UUGGAGGCCCACGUGUAGCGGAGAAACGGGAGUUUGGAUGGGUCGGGGCCUGGCCCAACGGCUGCGGGCUGACUGACUCCCCACCACCACCACUCCCUCCCCACCCCCGCCCCCGCCCCCCAACCAAGCGACUCCGACACUUUGAGGGCCGUUUUUGAGAAGGCGGGGCCUGAAGCUGAUUGAGGGAGGUCCCCGCUGCCUCCCGCUAUGGAGUCUACAUUCAGCAGCCCCGCGGAGGCGGCGCUGCAGCGAGAGGCGGGCGCUGAGGGGCUGCGCACUCCUCCUGGGGACCUGGACCGAGUGUAUGAGCUGGAGCGAGUCGUUGGAUUUGUCCGCGACCUGGGGUGUCAGCGGGUGGCCUUGCAGUUCCCUGAUCAGCUAUUGGGAGAUGCUGGGGCCGUGGCUGCACGACUGGAGGAGGCCACAGGAUCGAAGAUGUUCAUUCUGGGAGACACAGCCUAUGGCAGCUGCUGUGUGGAUGUAUUGGGUGCUGAGCAAGCUGGAGCUCAGGCCCUUGUACAUUUUGGCCCUGCCUGCUUAAGCCCUCCUGCCCGCCCACUGCCCACUGCCUUCGUCCUUGGUCAGCGAUCUGUGGCCUUGGAGCUCUGCGCUAAGGCCUUCGAGGCCCAGAACCCAGACCCCACAGCGCCUGUGGUGCUGCUGAGUGAGCCGGCCUGUGCCCACGCCCUGGAGGCCUUGGCCACCCUUCUGCGCCCACGGUACCUGGACCUGCUUGUCUCCAGCCCAGCUCUUCCCCUGCCAGUGGGCUCCGUCAAUCCAGAUCCUGAGCCCCUGGAGCGUUUUGGGCGCCACUUCCCCCUGGCUCCAGGGAGGUGUUUGGAAGAGUAUGGUGCCUUCUAUGUGGGGGGCUCUGAGGCCGUCUCUGACCCUGACCUUGACCCAGACCUGAGCCGGCUGCUCUUGGGCUGGGCACCAGGGCGGCCCUUCUCCUCCUGCUGCCCAGACACAGGGCGGACUCAGGAUGAAGGUGCCCGGGCUCUGCGGCUAAGAGCACGUAGACGCUAUCUGGUAGAGAGGGCCAGAGAUGCCCGUGUGGUGGGGCUGCUGGCGGGCACGUUGGGUGUGGCCCGACACCGUGAGGCACUGGCACAUUUGCGGAACCUGACACGGGCUGCUGGCAAGCGUAGCUAUGUGUUGGCCCUGGGGCGACCCACGCCUGCCAAGCUUGCCAACUUCCCUGAGGUGGAUGUCUUUGUGCUGUUGGCCUGUCCUCUGGGUGCCCUAGCCACCCAGCCUUCUGGCAGCUUCUUCCGGCCUGUAUUGGCACCGUGUGAGCUGGAAGCUGCUUGCAACCCUGCAUGGCCACCUCCAGGCCUGGCUCCCCACCUCACACAUUACGCGGACUUAUUGCCUGGCUCUCCCUUCCACGUGCCCCUCCCUCCACCUGACUCGGAGCUGUGGGACACCCCAGAUGUGUCACUCAUUACUGGGGACCUCCGGCCCCCACCUGCCUGGAAGCCAUCAACUGAUCCUGGAUGCUCAGCCCUAACCCCGAGGCCCCAGCUGGAGCUGGCUGAGAGCAGCCCUGCAGCCUCAUUCCUUAGUUCCCGGAGCUGGCAGGGACUGCAACCCUGUCUGGGUCAGACGCCGGUGACGGCAGCUGUGAGCGGAAGGCGAGGGAUUGCCAUCGCCUACGAGGAUGAGGGAAGCAGCUGAUACCAUGUGGGGCCAGAGCCACAGGUGGACUUAAGACCUUUAGUGCUCCCUGCACCAACCCCACUCUUCUGCCAGGAUCCUUGAAGGAGCCUCUCACUGAGGCAGCCCCUCACUGGGGAUAGGAUUCAGCUCUUCCUGUCCUGUCCUGGCGCUGGCACAAGGCUUAGCACAUAUUGGCUUAGUAAAUAUCUGUUGUUUGACUGAUGGGGAAACAGCUUUGGGUCUUCCCUGAAGCCUUCUGGGCCAUCUGUUCUCCUGGGAACAACAGCACAAGACAGUUGAGGGUCUGCCUUUGUUAAAGGCAGGUGCUAAAUGGUUUAGACCAUGGUUUCUCAAUCUUGGCACAGUUGACACUUUGGGCCAGAUAAUUAUUUGUUGUGAGGGGCUGUCCUGGGCAUUGUAGGAUGUUUAGCAUCAUCUCUGGUUUCUGCCCAGUAGGUUCCGGUAGCAUGCCCCUCCCCAGUUGUGAUGACCAGAAAUGUCUCCAGAUGUUGGCAAAUGUCCCUUAUGGGGGCAAAAGCAUCCCCAGUUGAGAACCACUGGUCUGCACCUAUGCUGUCCAAUACAGUAGCCACAUGUGGCUGUUCAAACAUAAAUUUGAAUUAAGUAAGAUUAAAAACUCAGUUUCUCAAUCACACUAAUCACAUUUCAGUGCUCAGAUAGCCACAUGAGAGGACAGUGUAGCUAUAAGACAUUUCCAUCAUUGCAUAAAGUUCUGUCGGGCAGUGCUGGUCUACACUGACUCCAAUUUGUUUCUCAGGGAGAUCACAGAAAUUUGAAUAAACCAGAUAAUUUUU